AGGCUUUUUGCGUAGGCAUAUGUAAAAUACAUGUCUUUUUGAGUCAAAUGCACUUUCAUAUAUGUUUGGACUCUGUUCAUUGGCAUUGAAGUAAGAGAUUAAUCUUGAAUAUUAUUAUCACUCUCAGUCCAUGAAUAUAUAUUUUGCAGAGCAGUGUGGAGCAUCAUUGUUUCUGCAGAAAGGUUGCUCCUUUGGUUCUUCUUGAAGAAACCCAUUUCAAAAGAGGGGAUUUCUUUUGAUGGGUUGGUUGUAAUUUUUUUUUUGUUAACUUGGAUGAAGAAGCUUCAGGUAUGUAUGGUUCUGAUAUUAGGGUUCUUGGCUUGUUCUGUGCUCAAAAUAGUCCAAAAAAAAAAAUCGUUGAAGUUGGAGUGAAUGUUUGUUGUGCCAUGUGUUGAACUCAGAUUUCUGCACAUGGGUUUCUCUGAUUUCAAAGCUCUGAGACUCUAGACCAAAACUAGUGGGGGAUUUUGGGUAUUUCAAGAGAAUCAGCUGCAGAGGAAGAAACCUGAUUGGUUUUACACAUUUUUUUAAGGAGCAAUAGGAAGGCACUUGGGAGUUGGGAACUGUGGUGUGAGUCUUGAUUUAAGGAGAAAAAAAAAACCCAUUAAAAUUCGAACCUAAUGAAAGUCUAGUUCUAUAAAAAGAUUGAAACUUUUUGAUUCAAUCCUCUAUUGGCUCUCUCUCUUUGCAACCAGUCCAGGUAUUGGUAUUAUCUGUUAAUUCUCAAAAGUCUCUGCUCAAAUCCUUCACAGGCACACUUUCCUUCUUUGGCUGUAAUUUUGUGCUUUUUUUUUCAUUCCUUUUUUGGCAGAAACCAUUCAAUCUUUUAUAUUGAAGUGUUUACAGAUUCAACCAAAGAAGAUAUAUUGACUACAUCCAUGACAUUUGUAAACACUAGGUUUGAGAAUCCAAUUAUGAGCUCUGCUUUGUUCUUGUACAAAUACCCACUAUCAUCAUGUUUAAUCCUUCUUGCUCCAUUGUUCAUUUUCUCUGGUUUUUUGGGAUUUGGGUUUUCGUCCGUCCUCAUUGCAUCUGCAGUUGUGAUUGUAUCAUCUUUAAUCUUCAGAUUCACAAAGCAAAAACCACACUUUGUGGAUAAAUUGGAAGAGACCCCAAGGUCUGGUUAUGGUCAAAGUUUACCUCAAACUUUAGACACAGUGGCACAGAGUACUGAAAGUGAAUCUAUCACAGGAGGAGAAGCUCAGGACAAUGAGGAACAGACUGAAAGUGGGUCUGAAUCUGAUGCAGAGAAAAAGGAAGAGGAAGAAGAAGAAUUUGUGGGUAGAAAUAUUCAUGGCUGCCUAGUCAGAUCACCAGUUACUCUAUCAGAGAAUGAUUGUCAGUACAGAACAUCAACAAGUGAAGAUUCUGAAGUGGACUGGAUAUUCCAAGACAAGUUGGAUUGGUCUGAUGAUGGAUCUAUAUCUGAUGAGGAUAGUCUCAUUGAAAUUGCUCUUCCAAGUGGUCAAUAUCUUGGAGAAAAUAACAAAGUUCCCAAGUUUGAUCACAAAAUGCCUGAUUUUACAGCAGAAGAAGAGUCCAUGUUGAGACAACAAUGUCUAAUGGAGCUUUUAGCAGAGUUUAAUGACAUGAACGAGGAAGAUAACUUGAUCGAAAUCGACAUAUCCAUGGGAUCCAUCAAGUGUUCAAGGUUUGAGAUUGAAGCUUGAAGAUCAUGAGGAGUAGUAAUCUUCUUCUAUCUGGAAUAGUUGGUUUUUCACUAUUUAAGUUUUUUAAUCCUUUCGUAGAUUUUUGGUGUUGAUUAUCUUGUUGUGAGAUGUGAAGCUUCUUUUGCAUCUUUUGACAAUCAAACAUAGGAUACCCCAAUAAAAGCACUUAUGUACUUCUAUU